GCACAUGCAGGCAGUCCUUCCCUCGCGCGCGCAUGCAGGGCUGUAGCGAGUAGCACUUAGUUUCUGGAGAGAGUUUCAGUGGACGCAAAGGGAGGGGGAGGACCCGGGAACGUGUGCUGAGGAGCCGCUCAACUCGACCUGCGUGUCCCAGAGAAUGUCCGAUGAUGGCCGUGUCUGGCGCUCUCAGCAACUACUACGUGGACUCCAUCAUCAGUCACGAGAGCGAUGAACUGUCGGGGCCGGCCGCGCGCUUCCCCGGGCCGUACUCCUCCGCGAGCCCCGCUUCCACCAACGCAAGGCAACCGGGGGUCAGCGUGCACGCGGACCAUCCGGACCCGUACCCGUCUUGCAGUUUUCAGCCCAAACCGCCCGUGUUCUCGUCGUCCUGGAGCCCGUUUAGCCCGCACCACGGCGUCUACCACCCGUACCUCCCCGCGCAGCACGUGCCCGCCGCGGACUCUCGCUACCUGCGCUCGUGGCUGGACUGUGCCCCGCGCGCCUCGGACCCGGGGCAAGGGCAGGUCAAGCUCGAACCACAGCUGGGGCAUCUGAACGCGGAUCUCCCGGGAAAGCUCGGAGCUCAGCACCCGCUCGACAGCGCUUACAUUCUGGAACCUUCCCCCGUGGAGCCCCGGGAGCUGAGCCACCAUCCAGUGUCCAUCCCCGGAGCGAGCUACGACGACAGUAAGGACGUUUGUGACGGGGCCGAGGACAAAGACGCGCUGGAUCAAAACGACCCCUCGGCCAACUGGCUCCACGCGCGCUCUUCGCGGAAGAAGCGCUGUCCUUACACUAAAUACCAGACUCUGGAGCUGGAGAAAGAGUUCCUCUUCAAUAUGUACCUCACGAGGGACCGGAGGCACGAGGUGGCGCGAGCCCUCAACCUCACCGAGCGCCAGGUCAAGAUCUGGUUCCAGAACCGGCGCAUGAAGAUGAAGAAACAGAGCAAAGACCAGCCCAAGGACUGAGCGGGCACACCCGAGCAUACCCGAGCAUAUAACCGGAGAGACUCGGGGAGACUGUACCGGGCUGAGCCGGACUGGUCUGGACUCACGUGCACAUGCACACGCAACUACACACACUUAUUAAAGGUGCACUGCGUAACUUUUCUGGUCGAUCAGCUGCUUGUCUUUGUGGAUAUUAGGGAUGGGAUGGGACGGGAUACAAUUUCCACAAGACGAGACAUAAGAUUGUAUCUAAGAGAACGAGACAAGACGAGAUUUUGACAGUAUUUAUAACAAAUAAACUGUGCAAUCCAGUUCGCAAUUUUGGCCUCACAAUUUUCACAAUGAUUUUGUGGCAAUUUUGUCUCGUGAGGUCUUGUGGCAGGAUAUCUUGUCCUAUCCCUAAUGGAUAUGUUAAAGCCUUACCUGGAAAGUUCCAGCGUAUGGCAUUAACCUGAUUGAUCUGGCAUUUACUUAAUUGUGAAUGUUUUUAGGGCUCAAAAAUAUUUAUGGUCUAGUCCAUGGAUUCAUUUAAUACUAUACUGUAGAACACUCCUGUCAAAGCAAUAAUAUUUCAGUAGAGACAAGCAGGUAACGGACCCUCCAUUGAAAAAGGUACGCAGUGCGCCUUUAUACUCAGAAACAGAAACAGGACUCCACGCGCACUGGGUCAAUAGCUUUACGGAUCUUACCCUGGACCGCUUCUCCCGCUCCGCUCUGUCUGCGCCAAAGGGACGGUUCAAUAUCUCACAGUGAGCUCUGGAGCGGCCAUAAAACACGUCUGACGGACACAAACAAGCAAGGGCCAGGAAACUUCUGCUCAGCUCUACUACACUCACAAUUAUUACAUUUGUUGUUGUUUUUUUUUUUUUUUUUUUUUUUUUUUGUGACUGUUAUUUGCUUUCUUCUUCUUCUUUUUUUUUUUUUUUUAGGUUAUACAAUGAAAUCACUGCAGAUAGGCCUAUAGUUGAUGGAAUGCGCUGUUUUCCACACAUUCUGACCCUCGCAAUCUACACAAAACACGGACACUUUUCUCCCCGAAACAAAUUGCCCUCUGCAGAUUGAAUUCAAAUGUGACCACAUGACAGAAUCUCUCGGAGCCAUCCCCGCACAAGAACGCUUACUCCGCGUUCUUGAUUACCCGCUAUGGUGAAGCACGGAGUAGGGGGAUUUAAAAGACACAGCCGCAGAUACGGGCCUUCCUCUAGCCAUCCUUCACGACGCACCGCACUUCAUUUGGUUAUUUAUUGAUGAAUGCGCGCGCGGAGGUGUCGGAGUCCGCCUGGCCAUUAAUUCCCGACGCGGAGAAGGAAGGCGCCGUCUCUCUCGUCUCCCUCCCCUCGUGUGGUCAUUGCGCGCGGCUUGAUUAGAACCGUAAACGGGCUUCUCCUUCUUCUUCUGGCGGAGCGGUGAUUCAGACAGCGAACGCCAUUAGUUACCGCGCUGACGGUCUAAGUAAUGAGCAGAUAGCGGAGCCGUGGGGAGCGGGGAGUACGGGGGUCCGGGGAGGAUGAUAACCGACUCAGCACAAGCCUCGGAUCCGAUUAGAGGCAGUCGAUAUGCGGCGUCUCAAGCGUCAGCCGCCUACCAGUGUUUUAUGUCUUUACGCACUCCAGAUAGUUAGCUAUAGGCUACAUAUCAUCCCCAAAUUCAACGUGACAUACGCACAGGGUCCUAUUGUUUGUUGUUGUUGUUAUUAUUAUUAUUAUUAUUAUUAUUAUUAUUAUUAUUAUUAUUAUUAUUGUACAUAAAUCCGUUGCGUAAAAUGGCGUAUGCGUAAAAACCUCGCCGUUUCUAAUGCAAAGCAAAUUGAAAAUCGUGAUAUUUUCGGAGUGAUUUGAAUAUAGAGUAUGGGAUUAACAACUGAAGCUAAUUAAUUUAGCUACCUAGCUAAAUGUCUUAAUAUUUGCUUUCUUAAAUUAAAUUUGAAAAUCGAAGUUUUAAAAACAUGUAAAUAUUGUGUGCGUAAUAGACCUGCAUCCCUGG